AUGACAAGAGUUAAGAUCGAACUCUUUACAGAUAUGGCAAUAUAUGAUUUAAUUGAAAAAGCCAAGCAUGGUGGUAUAUUAAUAGCUUGUCAAAGAUAUUUUAAGGCUAAUAAUCCCAAAAUAGCACACUUUUCUCUAAAAACUUAUAGCUAUUUGAAUAAUUUGCCUCCUGCAGUAGAGAAUCUUGCUGUAAGUAAAGAUAUGUUGUGUCCCUAUACUACAGAGCUUGUAGAUAGCUUGGAUA